AUGUGGCGACUUAAAAUCCUCCUCGUCGGGGUCGCCAGCGCGCUGCGCGGUCCCGUGACGUCCAUCCGGACGAACCGUGUUUUAAAUGCCGCCGGGGACUGGGCCGAAGCCCGCGCCGCCGCCGCCGCGGCGAGCAAGAAUCGGGUCGUUAUGAAAUUUGGCGGGUCCAGCGUCCCCAACGCGGAGCGCAUCGAGCACGUGGCGAAGCUCAUCGCAGAUCGCAUGGACGAGGGCAUCGUGCCGACGAUCGUGCUCAGCGCCAUGGGGAAGACGACGAACGAGAUCGAGGCCGCCGGGCGGCAGGCGCUCGCGGAGGGCCGCGUGCGCAUCGACCACCUGCGCGCGCUCCACCUCGAGACGCUCGACGCGUUGGCGCUGCCGGCGUCCUGCGGCUACGAGGUGCGCGCCCUGCUCCGCGAGCUCGAGUCCCUGCUCGACGGCGUGUCCAUGGUCCGCGAGCUCACGCCGCGGACGAAGGAUUUGCUCGUGUCGUACGGCGAGCGCAUGAGCUCGCGGAUUUUGGCGGCGCAGCUCGUCGAGGCCCACGGCAUCAAGGCCGUGCCCUGCGAGUCCUGGAAGCUCGGGCUGCGGACCACGGGCGCCUUCGGCGAGGCGACCGUCGACGAGGGCUGCUACCCCGACAUGGCGAAAUGCCUGCGGUCCAUGGUCCGGGACCGCGACGAGGUGCCCGUGGUCACGGGCUACAUCGGCAAGGACGCCGAGGGCCGCGUGACGACCCUGGGCCGCGGCGGCUCGGACCUGACGGCGACGGUGCUCGGCGCGUGCUUCCGGCACGAGCCCGAGCGCGACUUCUACGCCGAGGUCCAGGUCUGGAAGGACGUCGACGGCAUGAUGUCCGCGGACCCGCGCGUCAUCCCCGAGGCCGUGCCCGUGCCCUACGUGACCUACGAGGAGGCGGCGGAGCUCGCCUACUUUGGCGCGCAGGUGCUCCACCCGAUCUCGAUGCUGCCGGCGUCCAAGGCCUGCGUGCCCGUGCGCGUCAAGAACUCCUACAACCCGGCCCACGAGGGCACGCUCAUCGGCGACGAGGCGACCAUCGCCGCCGCGCGGCGCAAGGCCGGCGCCGAGGCGCCGCUCCUCACCGCGCUCACGUCGAAGCGGUCCGUGACGCUCGUCGACGUCUCCUCCACGCGCAUGCUCGGCCAGGCGGGCUUCCUCAAGCGCAUCUUCGACGUCUUCGAGGCCGACGGCGUCUCCGUCGACGUCGUCGCGACGUCCGAGGUCUCCGUGUCCCUGACGCUCGAGCGCAAGGGCGGCGACCUGUCGCGCGACGGCCGCGCGCAGCUCGAGGAGAUCGCCUACGUCGACGUCAAGCGCGACCGCGCCAUCGUCUCCUUCAUCGCCGACGUCACGCGGUCCACGGAGCUGCUGGCCAAGGUCUUCAUGGUCCUCUUCUCCAACGGCAUCGCCGUGGAGAUGCUCAGCCAGGGCGCGUCGAAGGUCAACAUCUCGCUCGUGCUCCUCGACGCGGACGCCGACCGCGCGCUGAAGCUCAUCCACGACUGCUUCUUCAUGGACAAGUGCAACAUCGACAAGGCCGCGGCGGAGCAGGUCAAGGCCCGGUGAUUCCGCGCCCUCCGAUCGACCAUCGACCGCGGGACCGCGCGCCGGACGCCCCGGGCCGCCGCGCGCUCCCCCAGCUUAACUGUACAGGAG